GGAGCGGGCGGCGCGGUGCAUUGUGGGCGGGCGGGGGUGCCGGCAGCCGCCAUGGGGCCGCGGGCGGUGCUGCUGGUGCUGGCGGCGGGGUGCGCCGCGCUGGGCGCCGCCGAGUUCAGCCCGUCCCUGGACAGCGACUUCACCUUCACGCUCCCCGCCGGCCGCAGGGAGUGCUUCUACCAGCCCAUGCGCAAGGACGCCUCGCUGGAGCUCGAGUACCAGGUUCUAGAUGGAGCAGGAUUAGAUGUCGAUUUUCAUCUACUCUCCCCAAAAGGUGAAACUUUAGUUUUUGAUGAAAGAAAAUCAGAUGGAGUUCAUACGGUGGAAACAGAAGAUGGGGAUUAUAUGUUCUGCUUUGACAACACAUUCAGUACCAUUUCUGAAAAGGUGAUUUUCUUUGAACUGAUCCUGGACAAUAUGGGAGAAGAAGGUCAAGAUCAAGAGGACUGGAAGAAGUAUGUUACAGGCACGGAUCUUCUAGAUAUGAAACUGGAAGACAUUCUGGAAUCCAUCAACAGUGUCAAAGCCAGAUUAAGCAAAAGCGUCCAGAUUCAGACCCUGCUCAGAGCAUUUGAAGCUCGUGACCGAAAUAUACAAGAAAGCAACUUUGACAGAGUGAAUUUUUGGUCCAUGGUCAACUUGGGAGUAAUGGUGGUGGUAUCAGCUGUUCAGGUUUACAUGCUGAAAAAUCUUUUUGAAGACAAGAGAAAAAGUAGAACUUAAUAUUCAGUAUGGCUAUAACAGUGUAACAGGUGGCAGGGGAAGGAGGGCAAAAACUUCUACAGGAAAGAAAACGUUUUUCAGAUUCCUUUAAACUUGCAAUAGACACAUCAGAUUUUCAAUUCUUAUGUGUUAGGGUUUUUUAUCAUGAACAGAGUAUCUUGCCCACUGCUUUUCCAUUUUUUUUGCAACUACUAUUAACAAACAUUUUUAAUGCUUGUAACAAUUGUUAAUGAUCAUUGAUGACCAGCUUAUGAGCAAGCAGUGCAGCAGUAUGCUUGGUGCAUACGCAAAGUAAUGUUCAUACUGUUGUUUGUCUUUUUUUCAAAUUCACAGAACUUAAACCCAGUGUUACAGUUACUAUUUUAUUUGCUGGUGAACAGUGAGUGAAUUUACAUAUGUGCCUAAGCAUUUAUGGAAUUGGGACCCACAGGAUUAGUCUGGUGUUGCUGUUAUUUAUUUUCAAAAUUACGUGUCUUAAGAAGUCCUUAGCUUGUAGUGUACAGCAUCAUGGAGAAACACUGGGCUAACAUUGUGAGAAUAGAAAGAAAUUUUUUAUUUUAAUAUAUAGAUGACUAACAUCAGCACUUUAAAAGAAAAAAAGCACUGUCUGUGAAAUUGAGGUGAUGUUGAACAGAACUGGAGAAAAUAGAUGCCAUUCCUGUUCAUAAAUCUUGUUUCUGACAGCUGUACAACCCUAUUUUUCUUUUUGGCUGUUACAUAAGAUUCAGGAAACAAGUGACUAUAGGGUAUACAGAUCAAAGCACACACACAGAAGAAUAGUUUGUGAAGGCUAUGCAAUAGUAACCUCAUAUAAUAGGUAGCUUCUGAAGAAGUUCUUUCUCACAUUAUUCUUUCCCUUUUAUAAGGGGGGGGGGGGGGGGGGGGGGGGUGUAUCCUAGUAUGUGAAAAAAUUACCUUAACGUUAUUUUUGUAGUCUCAAAAUCACCUUUACUUACCUAUUUCUUUUAUUAGUUUUUGUCUACUACAUGUCUAUGACUAAUGCAGCAGUUAAGUGACUUACAGGCAUCAAAAACCAAAGCUCUUCAACUAAACUUUUCCCUUUUGCUCACCCUAACAAGUCUUUUAGGUGGGUAAGUACACUCAGAUCACAUAAGCAGCAUUUGUGUAUCUAGCUAUUUAUAUGAAAAGGCAUGAAUUAAGUGAGCUUCAAAGUACAGGCUUCAAAUUUUAGGAUCAACUGAACGUGCCCUAUGACUCAACUAAGGCAAAGCCAUCCUCAAAUCAUUAAUGUGUAAUUUCCAGAUUAAAUGGCUUUUAAUGGCGUAGUAAGAUUAUGAAGAACUUCUGGUUAAAACCCCUAUGAGAGUUUUGUGUUUUUCAAUGUGACAAGUCACAGUAAUUUCCUGUAUGAAUGUGUUAAAAUAUUUCAUCACAAAAGUCUCUAAAUGACAGCAUAUGUGUGAAAAGCAAAAUUGCAACUUUGAGACUUUCUGUGAAUGAAGCUGUUAUAUGGAAAUAAGACAGGGUCACUAUGUGAAUGAAGAAAUGCUGAUACGGUCUUACUAGCAAGGGCUACAGUACACAGAAACAGUGCUUCAACUUCAGACAGUGGGACCUAGCAAUAGUAUUUCUAAAUAGUUUUUAUAAGCAGAAGUAUUAUUCCUUACAAAACCUGUUAUAGAGGACUGCAAAGUAUGCUGAGCUACUUUUUCCUUCUGCAAAUCCAUGGCUGAGAUAAGAUUGUUUAUCUUCAGGUUCUGCAUGUCUUUUUUCCACGUUACGUCCUGAAUGAGAAAGCUCACUCCUGUGAUCAGAACAUAGUCUAGGAAACAUUGAUUCUUUCUGCUGGAAUAGCAAGUGAUAUUUUCCUGUUACUACCCCAAUACAGCUCCCAGUACCAAUAUACUGCGUAGCUACAUCCAGACAUAAGCUGAAGCUCCCUGGAAUUGGCUUCCAAAUUUUUGAUCCGGUCCCUUCAGGGCAAGCAAAUCAUGAUUCUUAGGUCUCAGUCCCUUUUGCUACAAGAAAGAGAUCUCUCUUUGUUUCCAUCACUCAAAAUGUGAUCCUACAAAACAUCUGCAAAAUGCUGGUACAGCUCUGAAGCUGUGACCAAGAUAUCUACCUCUUAUACCAAAGCUACUGGAUUCUAGCUGUCAGCUUAGACCUCCAAGAGAAAUUCUGCUGCCUUUUUCAAGGACACCUCAAAGAAUUAGGUUUGCCAACAAUUCUGCUGUGCUUCUCUGACAAAGGUUAUACUUUCACUAGCAAAACAACCACUCAUCUUUUUUGUCUAGUGUAUUCGCUUAAGCUGCUCAUGAAAGGAGACUGGUAAGACAAAAUUGAACUGCAGCAGUUUCUCACAGACAGUCAGAGACACAACAGUCUCUGGUAGAAGGAAAAUAAUGCAACAAUUGUCAGUUCAUCUGAAAAAUUGUUUUGUGACUAAGCUUUUGCUGUAUUUUCUCCCCAUUCAAGACUUGCUUUAGAAAACUAAACAGGGAAAAACCAACUGUGCUUUGAUAGUGGCAGCUGGGAUGCUUAUCAUAGGUGAAGGAUUUGGCAUUUAAAUGUGCCAUUAAAUAAAAUUUUGUUUGGAUUUUGAAGACUAGAUUGGUUUUGAUUGUAUAAAAUUUACAGACGACAAUAUCAAUCUAUAAUUUUUUUCUUAAUGGACUUUUUAUUCAGAAUUAAGUUCUAAGACUUGAAAACAUUGAAUAAAAAUAUGCAAUACCCUGAGAUUUUCAAUAAAGUUUAUUUCAAUAAAUUAAGUUUAAACCUGUCUUAAAAAUAUCCCUUAUUGCACAUGCAGUUUACUACACCAACCCAAAACUGAGUAGCCUCCAUGCAGGCAAUGAGGUUAGGAACAAUUCUGGGAAGGACAGCAGAGGCUGUCUUGUGCAAAACCAUAGUAGAGGUCAGGAAUACUACUGAGAGCAGUAAUGAAUAAAAUGUUUAACAGUAAUGAGAGUUACUCCUUGGUAUGGUGCUUCUGCAAAGUACAAGGCAGCAUUCACUUAUUGCAGUAACUGAAUUGCAGUAUUACAUUUAUUCAUCCAGAUCCUGAUUGCAUUGUAAACGAUGAAUCCAUGCCAAAAGAAAUAACCACUGAACUUCUGUUAUUUUUCCCUCAUCCUGGGUAUGAAAGAAUGCAGAAAUAUUGUGACAUUCCCAGCUAGAAAUCCGUAUUUAACAAGGCAUUCUCUGUCUUCCAAAAGGAGCAACAUAGCGUUCACCCCCUCUGGUGUGGAAGGCCUGCCUUAGCAUUGUUCUUCCACAAGAGAAGCUUUUCUCCAUCUGCUAAAGUAAUUCCUUAAAAUUUAAGACUAUGUAUAUUUUAAAAUUUCACCAGGACCUACCAAUUCAAAAUGUACUGUUAUAAUUUAUGAUAGAAUAAACUAGUUCAUUACUCAAGGUUUCUCUAAACUGAAAAUUAGCAAAUACCAUAGGUAAGAAAAUCUUGUGCAACAACAUAUUUGAGGAAGAUGAAGAACGUACCUUUCAUUGAUAGAAGUGAUUUUAAUCAUGUGUGGUUGUUUUUUGCUGUUGUCAGUUUUAUUUUUAUUAACAGUGAUAAUUAGAAUGAUUACUGUCAUAAAUGAAAAAAAAUGACAAAGAUAGUCUUGGUGAAAGACUUUCAGUUAAAAGUAAAACCUUAUAUUUGUAUGUCGUUGAGAAAAGUCAUGAGGCAUAAUCUACAUCAAAUAAUGAAAUGAACCAAGUCUUAAGAAUUCACAAAGCAGUAAAAUUACAGCAACCUUCUGGUAGAAUGCAUUUAAAGGGAGGCAAGCCAAUUUUAAGUAUUAGCAUUACUAAUGGAAAGUGACCAAGGCAUGUCAAGGAAAUAUAAAAAAGUCUAACAACUUGCUUCCUCCACAGCAGUACUCUAUCACAAAAACUCACUGCUCAUAUAGGAGGAAUGCUAGUACAGAAGUGAAUAAGCACCACAUUCAUAAAUUACAGCGGAUCAAAAGCUGUAGGCCUUGCCUUAGGGAAUGGUUUUGUUUUCAAAACCAAUUUACUUAAGGCAACUAUUUUAACACAGGUGAAAAUGUAUAGUGAAUGUUAAUAGUAAACAUACCUAUACUGCUGAAGCUUCAUCAGAAGCUUUUGAAUUACAUCAUCUUCUCUCAUGCUAUGAAUUGCUAUAGGUGAGGAUAGCUAGUAAGACUUGAAAACCCAAGCAGCUCACAAGUCCCUUUCUUCCAUUUCUGGAAACAAGAUACCCUUCUUCACUGUCCAUCUGCUACCUGCCAAAUUGGAAUACAGGUGUGUAAGGAAGAGAGAGUUGCCAAGAGAAGUGCAUUAUCUAUAGUCUCUAUUUCAAACUAAACGUUAAAGAAUUAGAAAAUACUUUAUGUCAAGUCAAGGUCAUUUUUGUUAUGCUUGAGGAUUUUAGGGAGUGGUGAAACUCCAAGUAAAAGAUCCCAUGACUGUUCACUCACAGUUCUAUCAAUCCUAGCCCCAAACAAUUAAUGAGAAGACUCUUGAUUACAUUUUCUGAAGAGACAGCAGGCACCCAAACACCCUCCAAGCCCUGAGGAUGCUUCAUCCAUUAUUCAUUUAUGCCGUCUCUCCUGAAAGCAUUCUUGCCACUGACUUCUCUUCCACAAGAUGACAAGACACCGGGAAGAAGGAAGUAGGCUCAGGUGCCAUUGGUGCACUUACCUCUCAGUGACUGCAGGGCAUGUGAGCACAUACAAUAUCUGGGCUUAUUAUCACAAGCAGAGAAGAAAAAGCAUGGGAGGAGAGAAGGCAAGGACCUCCUUUUAUAUGUAUAUAUAGUCCUUCAAACGCUGUCUUUUUAAUCAGGAUUUCACAGCCCACUUAAAAACUUUCUUAGAAAUAAUAAAGUCUCUAUUAAAUACAA